GAUAAACAGAUCUGUUCACACCAACUAGCAGGGCUGCCUGCGUCAAUAAAAGGCAGCAGCAGAGUCAGUGAGCUGACACUUGGCGCUUGGAGGAUUACCAUUGCAAAAGUCAUUUCAUAUCAAAGUUGAGCAUAAUGCCAGGAUUAUUUUUUUCCCACAACAACAUGACUGAAUUGAACGAAAAAGACAACUGCAAGCUUGCAGAAGGCAAAAUCCAUAAAAAGCAGCAAAAGGCUUUUGGUGCAGACCUCAAAAACUAUUUGAAGUGCAUGGUACCACAUCUCGAAUCCGGGAUCAAGCCUAACUCCAGAAAUGUUAGGCUUACUGCAGAAGAAGUAAUGCAGUGGUCCCAGUCUUUGGAAAAGCUCUUGGCCAGCCAAAGUGGUCAAGGUAUCUUUCGGGAGUUUCUGAAGUCCGAGUUCAGCGAGGAGAACAUCGAGUUCUGGCUGGCCUGUGAGGAUUACAAGAAAACCAAGUCCGAUCGCUUAUAUAGCAAAGCGGAGAGGAUUUAUGAGGAGUUUGUUCAGGCAGAUGCUAUUAAACAGAUCAAUAUUGAUUAUCACACAAGGGAAGCAACAGCCAAAAGGGCGCAAGACCCAACUCACACAAGUUUUGAUGAAGCCCAAAAAACAGUGUACAUCCUCAUGGAAAGGGAUUCAUAUCCCAGAUUUUUGAAAUCUAAAGCCUACCUGAACCUUUUAAAUCAGCUGCAGACCAACAGCUCAAAAUGAAGGGGCUGAGGCAAUGAAGAGCCAAGCAGACCCUGUGCCAAAUAUCCUGCGAUGAGCUUCUCAGAGGUGGUUGGAUGGCCGAAUCCCAGCAAGGAGAACGCCUGCUUUAGGGGAGUACUAGGGGAGAUGCCAACAGCUCCACAGGAAAGAAAACGCAAGAUAAAAGCUGGCAAGAUGGUUAUAAGUGAGAGAGCAACAUGAAGAAAAAAAAAAAUCCUCUCCUCUCAUACACCACAGACCCAAGACAGGAUACUAUUUAUUAUUUGAAUAACACUGUGAACAUUGAACCAAGAUCUAGAUCCCAAAGAACUGCCAAUUCUUAGGAAAUGCCAGGCUACCAUGCUCCUAGCUGAGAGCGAUGGAGAAAGAUGAUCAAGUUCAGAAGAAAAACAAGUACAACUGACAGUUUUCUUCAUAACAAGGAAAUGCCCAGACAAGAUAGACAAUGGCUUUUUUUUUUAAUAUGUGAAGUGCUAAUAAGCGUGAGUGCAGCUCCAUGAUGACAUUGUACUAUGUAAAUACAAAUUGACAUGUCUUCAAAUUGAUUUAUUUUUACUUAUGUAAGAAUUAUAUAAGCUGUGUUAUUACUAAGUAUGUAUUCAACAAGCA